GGGGGAAAGCUCGGGAAGGUGAAGAGAGUAGUGGGAUCGGGCUGACAAGGGAAAGAGACAGGCAGGGAAGGAGAGGAGAAAGGUGGAGGGAAGAGCUGGGCGUGGCUAAGUGAGCGGGGUGGGGCGAGUAGGGGCGGGGUUGGAAGAGGCAGGUGGAUAAUCUGGACCUGCAAAGGGAAAGUGAGAAAAUGUGGGGAGAAAAAGGGUCGCGGUUCGAGGGGGAAGUUGAAGAUCGAGAGGUCAGCGUGGAACGAGGAGAGGGCGCGGGGCGAGGAGAGAUAUGGCAUCCAGGGACAAGUCCGCGGGGAGGAGAGAUGCGGGGCCGGGAGAGAUCCUGAGGAGAGGAGAGAACGAGGGGCUAGGAGAGAUCGCGGGGCGAAGAGAGAUCCUGGGACAAAGAAAGGGUUUCUUACGAGAAAGGAAAAGAGGAGCGGUCUCCUGGUGAGAAGAGAUUCCAAAGGGAGGAGAGAACCAGGGGCGAAGAGAGAUUCCGGGGCGAGGAGAGAUCCCGAGGAGAGAGCUCUCGAGGCGAAGAGAGACCACAGGGCCAGGAGAGACCCCGAGGGAAGGAGAGAUCAUGGCGUGAGGAGAGAACCCCAGGGGAGGAGAGAUCCCAAGGAGUGGAGAGAUGACGGAGGGAGGAGAGAUCCCGAGGCGAAGAGAGACCUCGGGGCGAGGAGAGAUCCGGAAGGGAGAGGAGACCCGUGGGUGAGCAGAAACCCCCCGGCGAAGAAAGGGUCCCUGACGAGAAGGGGAGAGUUGAGGAAGGGAAGACCCUUGACAAGAAGAGAUCCUGGGGAGAGGAAAAACACUGGGGAGAGCAGAGACCCCAACGGGAGGAGAGAAACAGAAUCGAAGAAAGGGUCUCUUAUGAGACGUCCCGAGGUUCGGAGAGGGUCUCUAAGGAGAAGCGGCCAGGUUCUAGCUGCACAUAGUGCGCUGCCCAGCCAUGAUCCAUACCGGUUCUGUGUGCCCGAGAGUACGACUCCUUCGGGUGUUUUUGGCACUUCUGGCGGUACCAGUGGCAUCGUCGAGGGUGUGGGAAAGCGAUGAUUUCCAGGACUGCACCUGGAAGGUUGUUCUGAACAAGUUUGAUAGGGUAGGUGACACCCACGUGAGUGACCGCUUCUAUGAUCAAGAGCCCGUGGAUACAGUGAACAGCGUAUUCAGCAUGCUGGUGGACUCGCCCAUUGAUCCACAGGAGAAAUAUUUGGGCUUCCCUUACUACCUCAAAAUCAACUACUCCUGUGAGGGACAGCCCUCCGAGGACCUGGUCCGCAGUGGCCACCUGAUGGGGCUGAAGCCCCUGGUGUUGGUCACCUUCCAGUCCUCUGUGAACUUCUACCGCUGGAAGAUAGAGCAGCUACAGAUCAGGAUGGAGGCGGCCCCCUUCCGCUACCCAGGGCCGUGCCUGGCGGAGGAGGUGUGCUCCAUGAGCUGGUUCAUGCCCAUGCCCAUCCAGAACGGCAGCGUGGUCGUGAAGGUGGAGGUCACCAGCAACGGCCUGGGGCCCUUCAUUCCCAAUAAAAGGUUCCGCGUGAACAUCAACGGCUUCCUGAAGAAGCAGCAAAACACGAUCAAGUUCACGCUGGGAUCAGAGCUUUUUGACCUGACACCCCAGUACUUUGUGAAUGCCUCCUCAAGGCCCCUGUGGUACACUCUGGACCAGUCACCGGUGCUCAUUCUGGGUGGCAUUCCCAAUGAGAAGGCCAUCCUGCUGACUGACACCAACUUUGAGACCUUCUCUCUUGUGGAGCUGAGCAUUGACAGUUGCUGGGUAGGCUCCUUCUACUGCCCCCAGGCUGGCUUCUCGGCCACCAUCUAUGAUGCCAUCUCUACGGAGAGCACCGUCUUCAUUCGGCAGAACCAGCUCGUCUACUAUUUCACAGGCACCUAUGCCACGCUCUACGACCGCAGCCACAGCAGUGGCAGCUGGGUUCGGGUCCUGGCCACCGAGUGCAUCAAGAGGCUGUGUCCUGUGCUUUUGCACAGCAACGGCUCUGAGUACAUCAUGGCCCUCCCCACAGGGAAGCAUGAGGGCUAUUUGCACUUUGGGACCAUUACCGAUGGCCGUGUGUCCUUCGAGAUGCUGCCCAAGGGCCGGUCCGUAUGCGAGCAGAUCUUGGUCGGCAACUGCUCCAUUAUAUGGGCCGUGUUCGUCUCGGGAGAGUACAUCCUCCUGCUGCUGGUGGAGGUCGAGGACUUAAACGCCAAGUCUUUCCGAGUGCUCCGCUACAGCCUGAUCAGUGACGACACGGAAGACCUCUACAUCAUCCCAGAUUUCAUCCCUGAUGCUCAGGGCUUGGAGUACCUGAUGAUGGUAGGCACAGAGAUGUACACCAGCUCCCCCAUGGUGCCCAAGGGCCUGUUCUUCAACACCUACAACAACAUGCUGUUCAUCUGGGGCAACUUCCUCCUGCAGAGCUACAAUGCUGAAAACUACACCUACCUGGCGGGUUUCCCCAAAGACUUGAGCAUCAAAUACCUGGUCAACUCAUUUGGUGGGGACAUCGCUAUUAUCACGGAGACGGAAGAGAUCUGGUACCUCCUGGAGGGCAAUUAUCGCUUGUACCGGCUGUUCCCGUCCCGGGGCUGGAGCAUCCACUUCAGUCUGCAGAUGCUGCAACAGUCCUCCCUCUAUGCCGCCAACGAGACCACGGUCACCUUCUUCUAUGAAGACAGGGAGCUGUACCAGCUGGUGUACCUCAUGGGCCACGGGCAGGGUCGCCUGGUCAAGAGGCUCGUGCCUGUGGAGAAGCUGCUGCUGUACGAGCAGCAGAGCCACUACCGCUUAGAGCAGCAGGGGGGCCGCCCGGUGCUGUCCUUCACCAACCAGUGCCCCUUCACCAUGCUGAGCCUGCUGAACCUGCCCAACCCGCAGGCCUACACGCGCGAGGAGCGCUACCGGGCCAGGCCACCACAGGUCCUGGAGAGCUCGGGCUUCCACAGCAAGAACUCGCUCGCUGUCUACCAGGGCCUCCUCUACUACCUGCUCUGGCUGCACUCCAAGUACAACAAGCCGUAUGCGGACCCGGUGCACGACCCUACCUGGCGCUGGUGGAAAAACAAGAAACAAGACCAGGAUUACUACUUAUACCUGGAGAGAAACUGGCUGAGUGCGGGCGGUGUGCACAUUGACAUGGCCAGCUACGAAAAGAUCUACAACCUCAAGUCCGAAUACCAGCUGCCCCAGUUCAUUUUCCUGGACAAGGGCAACUCCUACCGGUUCUCCUUAAAGAUGCGCUCUAAAGAGGGCUCCGCCUUCCUGGUGCAGCGCAAGCUGGCAGUGGGUUUUCUGCUGGCUGAUCCCCACUGCAUCGAGGCCUUUGCGAACCAGGAGGCCACUGUUCUUCGAAACUCGGUGCAAUUCUUGAUUACGCUCAGGGAUAAAGAGCUUUGCUAUGACCAGGGCAUUAGUGGACAUCACCUCAUGAAGACUUCCGUGAUGGUCAAGGUGCAGGGGUCUUCUGGGCACUGUUUCCAGAGCACCCACUUUGGGCUCCGCAUGCAAGGCAACCUAAUGCUGCCAGUGUUUAUCGGCUGCCCACCAGGCAAGCGCCUGGCCUUUGACGUCACCUACACGCUGGAAUACAACCGCCUGCUCAACAAACAAUACUUUGACUGCGUGCACCCGGACCCUGAGAUGCCCUGCUUUCUCUUCCGUGACAAGUUCUACCCUUUCUUCUUGAUUCAAGAUUUGGUGACGGGCGACUCCGGCAGUUUCAAGGGCAGAUACGUACUGAAGGUGGUGGGCGGCGGGCCUACUCUGGAGAGCCUCCGGGACUACAGCGAGGAGGAAAUCUACCGCUUCAACAGCCCGCUGGACACCUUUUUGGCCGUGUCUCCAAGAGAUACCAGGAUGAGAGGAGGCCUGAAACUACGGCAGGGUGUGUGGGAUGGAGGGGAUAUCAGGGCCUGGCACACACUGUGGCAACACAGCUGUGGUUGGCAACACAAAAGCCUGAAUUUGGCUUCCAGGUGGCUGUGUUUGGAGAACUCCCCGUGCUAUGAUACCGUCCCCCAAAGCAUCUUCUCACCUGAAUUCUUCUUCAAGGUGUUGGUGAGCAAUAGAGGCGUGGACAGUAGCACAUACUGUGACUACCAGCUCAUCUUCCUGCUGCACAUCCACGGGCUCCCGCUCAGCUUCUGGCGUGCCCUUUUAAUUGCCAUUGUGUCGGCCAGCGUGUGUGUGGGCCUGGUGAUCCUCUACGUCACCUUCUGCCUCCUGUGGCCCCUUAUGGUGAAGGCUUGGAACAUGUUCCUCUGGAAGAGGAAUGCAGUCAUCACCUUGGAGUCCUACUGCUCCUACGCCAUGUCCACCAAGUCCACAAGCAGCUCAUCGCAGACAAGUGGCAAUGCCAACUCCAAGAUCACCUCCAAAGUUACCCUAACAGAGGAUGAAGGGGACAAGGCUGUGGCUGAGGAAGCUGUAGGCAAUGAGACACUGACCUGAGCCUCUUGCUUGCCUUAACCCCUUCCCCACCCGUGGUUUCUCCUAGUAGCCCAUCCUGGGAAUGCAGCUGGCUCCCACCCCAGCCUUUGUUUUGCUUGAAUGUUCACUUCUUAUUCAGACCCAAAUAAAGCCCUAUUUCAGGACCAGCCAUGA